CCACAUAAAAUGUGACCAAAUUCGAGCUCGCUCCGCGAGUCGCCGUAAAAAACAAUUGCGAAAUUACACAAGAAACUAAACAAAUAAAAGCGGAAAAUUAACGAAAACAUGUGCAGCGGCUGUUAGAAGCGUGCGGCGACAUUUCGGGCCAGCGGAAACGUGCAGGUGCGAGCGAGAAAACACGCGUACGCGUCAUUGGCAACAACAACAAACACUCAGUGCACCAACACUCGCGUAUAAACACACACCCACACGCGCACACCAACACAUAAACACCGACGCACAUGCAACCAAAAUAAAAUAAAAACAAAAGAACAAGAAGCGAAAUAAUAACAAAAAUAAAUUUGAUAAAUGCAAUUAUAAAUAAAGGCAGCUGCCAGUGUGCCAGAGAAAAUAUGUAAAAGCAGAAAAAUAUUAAUUAAAAGGUUUAUGGCCCACUAAAAAGUGAACCAAAAGUAACGAGGAAGAAGAGUGCCCCAAAAAUAUCAAUAUAUAGAUUUGAUUUAUAACAAAAAAUUAUAUUUAUAACAAAAAUUAACAAUCGAUUAAAUUAGGACAAAUAAUCUACAUAUAACUAAUAUAUAACUAAUAAAUUUACCAACGAAUUCUGCCAAUUUAAAAGAAAAAAUAUUUCAAUUCAUCUAAAAAUAUAUUCAAAACCAAUUAAUUAAUAACCUAAUAAAAUAAAAUCAUAAAAAGAAUAUUUUUUUAAUUUUUGUGUUGCCCCUUUUAUCAUUUUUGUGCAUUUCCUGUUUACCCAAACACUACCUCACCCAAAAUUGAUUAAAAAAUUCGCGUUUUUCCCCUUAUCAGCUGAUAUACAUAUUAAACAAGCCACCCACUUGCCACCUAGCACCACCCCCCUCUCCACCCCCUUUGCACCUGUAAAAAACAGGUGACUAAUGCACUGUUCGCGAAGUUUGUCAGCUGCUGGCGCCGUGGAUGCAACAACAACAACACUAACGUCAUCCACAUCGGCAACAACAACAGCUUUCUACAAGGCAGCGACGUCGGCGUCGGCAGCGGCCUCAGUCUGCACAACACCAAUAACAAAAUCAAAAACCAAAACUAUGGCCACCACAACAACAACAACGACGGCGGCAACAAAUGCUAAAGAUGGCGUCACAAUGCGCGAGAAAAAGGGAGGAGCCCUACAAAAGCUCAAGAAGAGGCUUUCGCACAGUUUUGGCAGAUUAACGAUUUCCCGCGAAGAUGGCGACGAGUCGACGCACCACCAUCACCACCACCACCACCAUCGCGGUGGACACGGUGGGCACCACAACCACGGUAACAAAGUUCCAUACAACGGCUACAAUUCGGAGGAAUACUUGGACCGACUCGAACCGAAUGGCAAUAUACCCGCUGACAAGACAAAUUGCAGAUAUGGAGACUGGCGCAGCACGGACAGCACCGACCAUCAUGAUCGCGUCCAGAGACAGCUUUCCGUGUCCUCCGACAGCAAAUUGCUGGACGAGGACAUCCGCGAGGAGAUGAAGUACCAUUCGCACGUGGUCAUGCGUCCCAAGAAGCCGCCCAGACCCAAGUCCGAGGUCUUUCUGAACAAGCAGGAAACGCAUCCGCGACGCAAACGAUUCAGUGCAUUUGGUGGCGACUCCCCAUUUGGCAAGCAGGAGGCCUAUGUAAAACUCGAACCGCUGGGCGAAGGGUCCUAUGCGACGGUCUACAAAGGAUUUAGCAAAUUAACCUACCAGCGGGUGGCGCUGAAGGAGAUUCGCCUGCAGGAGGAGGAGGGAGCUCCGUUCACCGCGAUUCGAGAGGCCUCGCUGCUGAAAGAACUGAAACACAGCAACAUCGUCACGCUGCACGACAUCGUCCACACGCGCGAGACGCUGACCUUUGUCUUUGAAUAUGUGAAUACGGAUCUGUCGCAAUACAUGGAGAAGCAUCCGGGCGGCCUGGACCAUCGCAACGUGCGCCUGUUCCUCUUCCAGCUGCUCCGUGGACUCUCCUACUGCCACAAGCGGCGUGUCCUCCAUCGGGAUGUCAAGCCGCAGAACCUGCUCAUCAGCGACUGCGGCGAACUGAAGUUGGCCGACUUUGGACUGGCCAGGGCCAAGAGCGUGCCCAGCCACACCUACUCCCACGAGGUGGUCACGUUAUGGUACCGCCCUCCAGAUGUCCUGCUGGGCAGCACCGAGUACUCGACCUCGCUGGACAUGUGGGGCGUGGGCUGCAUCUUCGUGGAGAUGGUGACCGGGAUGCCGACGUUUCCGGGGAUACGUGAUACCUACGAUCAGCUGGACAAGAUAUUCAAAUUGCUGGGCACGCCCACCGAGGACACGUGGACGGGGGUCACCCACUUUCCCGGCUACAAGCCGCACAAGCUGGGUUUCUAUCGACCGCGGAAACUGGGUCACAACUUCCCACGGCUGUACGACAUCAUCGAGGGCGAAACGAUAGCGAACGGCUUCCUGCAACUGAAUCCGGAGCAGCGUUUGGGCGCCGAUGAUGCACUGCAGCAUCCGUACUUUGCGCAGUUGCCAAAGAAACUCUACGAAUUGCCAGACGAAACCUCAAUUUUCACCGUGGAAGGCGUGCAGCUUUAUACGGAGCCAAAUCGACAGAAUAAAUGAAAAUUAAAGCAAGUCCUCUCCGUGGAUGGCGUACGUUUCUACUGUUAGGAUCCCAGUCCUCGACACCAAUCACCCAAUCACCAUCCUCCUGGACCCUCAAUCUGUCAAUCAAUCAAUCUAUAUCGCAUCAUCCAGCAAUCGACAGCCAUAUAUAAUGCAAGAAGCAGCAGAAGGAACUUCUCGCGCGCGCAGAAGUUUUGUACUAUAAUUCUAUGAUACUUUUUAGUUAUUAGUUCGAUUUCGCAGUGAGUUUAGCCGAGGGAGUUUAGCAGAAGACACACAGAACCAACAACGGCGGCAUUUUAUUUUCAGUCAAAUUGCUUAAAGUUAGUUUAGAUUUCUCGCCAUCCUGCAGCCGCGUCGAAAAGGAUACUCAGUUUAGUCAAAGCGCAGACAUGUUUUUCUGUAUUCUUUUGUAAGCUAAAAAAAAAUACAUUUAAAGGUAGCUUUUAGUGAGUGGAUUGCCUCUGCGGAUUACGCAAUAUUUUCGUUUGCAACGAGUGAGAGAUAAUCAUCAUCAUGUCUGCAUUAUAUAAUAGCAAUCGUGUGUAUUUCGUGUCCAUUCUUUCUCUUUAGUUUUUAGUCGAUAUUUUCAACGCGAAUGUUCGGCUGAGUGUGUAUUUAAAUUGCCAAUAAAAAUGUUCGAUUGGUUAACUGCUUUAAUAGAGUGCAAUUAAUACAAAUUAAUGGAUUGGCGGUAAUGCGCCUAAAAAAAUGAAUCAAUUAAUCAACAAAAAGUGCUCAAAAAACGUACGAUUAUUUUCAAGCAAUUAUACAAAUUUAAAUUUAUACAUAUUUUCAAAUUCAGAGAUGCACAGUCAACGUUCAAAGAAUCAAAAUUAUUUGUAUAGUGUUUAUUUCCGCUCACAGCUCUUUUAACUGUUUGUUUGUAUGAUUUUGUAACGCAUCCUUUGUCAUUAUGAAAUACAUAAAAUUCGCCGCGCUGUUUAAGUGAUAAUUUUAUACCUAUUAAAUGAAUUUAUGUAAAAAGCAAGUAAAUCAAUCUUAAAAGAUAUGUAAAACAAAUAAAUUUAAACCAUUUAUACCAUUUA